AUGGGUUUUGGAAACUUGGAAGGAGAAAAGCCCGCAUAUUGGCUAAUUUCACCACUCCUUGAUGAAGAAAAGAAGAAAUCGGAUUUCGUGUUGGCGUUAAACGCGGAUGAUAAGGUCUUGGCGAAAAACGCGAGGUCAAAAGGCUCCUAUUUAAUUUCAAAUUCACCCUCCUUCCGACUAGAGGAACUCCGACAGAUUCUCAUCGAGAGCAUGGAGCUGGAAUCAAAAAUCAUUCAAUGCCAAGAUCGUUUGGAGGUUUAUCGCCGAGCUGGGUAA